CAUCGCAAACAGGUUGGACCACUGCGUCUUGGCCACCCGACGACACGGCGAGCCAAUUCCAUAUCAUCUCGGGUUCUUGUAACUCAAGACGACGUCAACCGCGACUGCACCAACGAGAGAGUGACGAUCGUCGAUUUUUGAUCCCCACGCAUCUAGGGAGAAGCACACACAUUCACACCCCCUCAGCCACCAACCAUGGCCAGUCACGACACAAAGAUUGUGCUCAUCACUGGUGCCAACACGGGCAUCGGAUGGGAGGCUGUCAAGGCUUUUCUCCAGUCCGACGCGCACUAUCUCGUGCUCAUGGGCAGCCGCUCACUCGACAAGGCCGCCGAGGCCAUCGCCAAGGUGCGACAGGAGGUGCCAAAUUCACGCAGCACCGUCGAACCCGUCCAGGUGGACAUCUCGAGCGACGACUCGAUCCAGUCUGCGUACGAGGCCGUGCAGACCAAGUACGGCAGGCUCGACGCUCUCGUGAAUAAUGUCGGCGCAUCAUACGAGGGCGAGGCCAGGCAAGGCAAGUGCACCAUGCGCGAGGCCUGGAACAAGAACUUUGACGUCAACGUCUCGGGCACGUAUGUCAUGACCCAGACCUUCAUGCCGCUGCUCCUCAAGUCCAGCGGCGGCGGCCGGCUCCUGUUCAUCACCAGCGGCCUGUCCAGCCUGAGCAAGUACAGCGAACAGCCGUACCCGGCCCCGAAGCCGCCCGCGGGCGAGGGCAAGUGGCCAAAGGAGGAGCUCGACCAGUUCAACGACACGAUGGCCUACCGGUCGACCAAGACGGCGCUCAACAUGAUGAUGCUCAACUUUGCGUGGCAGCUCACAAACGACAACGUCAAGGUCUUUGCCAUCAGCCCCGGGUUCCUGGUCACGGGCCUCGGCGGCAUGACGGAGGCGAUGAAGAAGCGUCGUGCCGGGCCGGCUAGCGUUGGAGGGCAGUUCAUCAAGGAUGUCGUCGAGGGCAAGAGGGAUGCGGAUGCGGGCAAGAUUGUCCAUUCGAACGGGAGCGUCCAGCCGUGGUGAUGCCGAAGAAAAGAAUCAAGAUCCCAUGCCGUACACAUUACAGGAUUCUCUAUUCGCCUACGGACUCGUCCCUGCAGGUAUUUGCGCCCUCUCAUCAUCCUCUGAGAGUGACAGUGUCAUAUACUGCAUUAGAUUAAUCCAUUUGAUUUGAUUUUGAUUUUAAGAAACCGCAGGGAUGAACCCAGGAUGCUCGCAUACACGUUGACGUGGUAAUGCUUAGAAUCCGUUUGUGAGAUAUCGGCCCCGAAUAAAUGACGUCACAAAUAGCAUGAAUAUACCAAAGUCCCUCUUUGUCAGCUCAUGAUUCAAGGCCAAUGAGACUGUCUAUACCAACAUUGACAGAUGCCAGUGUUUCUGUCAGCUGACGUCGAUAAGUGUGCCCCGUGGCAUAUCGUGUUGUGAGGUUUGGCUGGAACGUCAACAAUAUGGAAGACAAGGUUGGCUACCAUAAUGGUUUCCUACUAGGUUUUCCAUGAUUUCGAAAUUCACUCG